AGUAACGAAAGAAGAAGAAAAAGGAGACCAUGGAAUCCUGGUUGAGCGAUGUGCAACGCGUGAGAAUUCCACGGCCGAAAUUCGGCAGCGGGAACACGGUGAGGCGGUCCAAUUCCACGGUGCAGCACGUGCGACCGGAAGUGCUCUCUCGACAGACCCAGGACGUGGCCAAAGCCACGGAGGAGCUGCGACAGGCUCUCCAGGACAAGCUCUGACUGACCGAUCGUCGAUAAGAGGCCAUCGUAAACUGAUCGAGCAAAAACACAGCCGAGUCCGAGGAUCGUCGUGCCAAGGAUUCUACGCCGGGUCGUCGCCUUGUCGUCGCCUUGUCAUCGUCCCGAGUCCAUAUCUUCUAUCGCCGUGAACCAGAGGAUGAAUAUCGUUGUUUCGCGAUGACACGUUCCGUUCCUAACUCACGGCCAGAUUAUCGGCGAACUUUUACGAAAAGAACAAUCGAGGCUCGAGGAUGAAUGUUCGCCCGAACAUUCGGGGACGAACUUCCGCAUUUUGGCGAGUGACGGUGAUAUAUUGUGCUGGCGAUGAAGGGAAACAGAGCGAUUGAUGUACACAUGUGUGUGAAAGUGGAUGCUGAAACGUGAAUAUGCGGUGGAACGUUGGUCCUUUGGACUUUUAAAGUGAAUUUGGUGGAAAUAUUUGGGGGGUAGGGAGAGAUGUGGUGAGAGAUUGUGUAUCGAUGUAAAUAUGUAAGAGAAUAAAUACAAAAGUAUUAAGAAUGAAGUGCAGUCGGCUAGGAAAAUCAUGAAGAUCGAAAUAAAGAUGUUAUAAGGAUUUAUAAUGAAUAUGAUCGUAAAAUUGACGUGUCGGUCGUGUUUUACGCCAAAACGAUUAAUUAAGAACUACUUUAUCCGCAUAAAAUUUAAAUAUCACCUAUAAAUUGAAAUAACGAGGUAUAAUCAUGAUCUUAAUUUAGUAAUUUUAAUUGAGAAAAUGUUAUAACUUGCUAUACGUUAAUGAAUAUUUAUUUUAACAAGAUUCAAUUUAUCUUAAUCUUAUUAAAUACAGUUUAUUCAAGUUUGUAUUAAUAAUGAAUUUGUAAAAAUGCCAAUUAUUCGCAUAAAUACAGUUUAGCUACAGCUAUAAUCAUUUUGAAUCAAAGGAUAAUGAAUAACUAGCGUUCUGUUGCGUAUAAGAUUGUCUAAAACGUGUGUAGGUGCGAGUCAGUAUCGAAGGAAUCAAAUUUAUCUUUGCAAAAUUACGUUUCGCGAGAUCAUGUACAUACAGUUCGCCAAUAGUCGCUUUCCAUUAUGAUUUCUACUAUAUCAAAGCUAUGCUUUUUUACAAAUCUUCUGUAAUAAUUUAUGUAAUAAUUUAUGUACGCGACGUAUGUGUGUUUCCUCUUUCAAUGUUAAAAAGAGACUGAAAAAUAAAAAUCUGUUAAAAUAA